AUGAAGUUCAUCACUACCAUUGAAGUUUUCGCUCUACUCGCCGCCGGUGUUCUUGCCAUGCCCAACGCAUUGGAGUCUCGCGAUUUGGUCAUCGAAGCCCGCGCCGACUGUACCAGAAUCCUGCCCGCUUGUAACGGUGGGUCAAUCAAGGGCCAGACGGACUGUCGCUGCCCUGGUCAGAAGGAGACCUGUGACCUCUGGCUCUGCCCUGGUGGAGGUCCCAAUGUCAUGGUUUGUGGUCAAGCUAGUACUGGGUGUGUCUGGAUUUAG